AUGGAUAAGAAAGGGACAACACCAAUGGAGGAGUCUCUAUACGAUGAUCUGUGCCAGUAUUUCACAGAGAAUAGUAAGAAAAGAAAAAAUAGCAUCAUAAACAAGUAUAUUGGAUCGGUUGUGACUAGAUGGGUUGUUGGUCGUGUAUAUAAAAUGGUUAAAGGAACACUCUGUUAUGUUACUGAAGAAGAGGGAUAUUUUUGGUUAUCAAUGGAUAGGGAUUUAGAGGAAUUUGAAUGUGAAUAUUGUAUGAAACAUUGGCCCGAGGUUAAAGUGAAUAACCAAUCGGUUAACUCUAUUUUAUUUUCUCUAUAUAGUAUGGCUGAUACAAAUGGUAUUGAUGUGCACAUCAAUCAUGUUCAACCAUUGUGUGAAUGGGACGACCCAUGGGAGUUGAGAGAUUUAGAUGGAGCCAUUGCCAAACUACAUGUGUCUGUCACUGAGGCUUUCAAAAAUCUACCCAUCCGCGAUUACUUUGGCAAUGGUUUAGAAAAUAUGAAGGAAUACUAUGACACAACAAAGAACCCUAUUAGUAUCAAUGUCAUUAGAAAUCAUGUGUCCAAGAGACCAAUGAUGACAGUGACCGAUAUAAUGGGUUAUUUGGUGACGAUGGCUAUGAACGCUACGAGAUUUAAUCCACUUGAUCAACACUCCCAAAACGCUGCAACCAUUCUCGAACAUUAUGCAAACCAUGACGAUGAUAACCUUCGUAAUGAUCACGUCAAAACUACCGUUGCCACUAUACUAAAGCAUUUCAAAGAUUUUAGACAAAAAAUGAUCAAUCAAGUUAAAAAUAAUAAUAAUGAUAUAGAUGAUAAUAAUAAUAAUAAUAAUUAUAUUAAUAAUGUAAAUAAUAAUUCAGAAAAUAAUUACAAUAAGAAGAGAAAAUCAGAAGAUCAAGACGAAUAUCAUCAUUUGGAUUCCAUGAAUGGUACGGAAUAUUCAAAUGAAUAUUCAUCCUUUAAACGACCACUGCGAUUCAAAGCGGUAAAGGAAAUGAUGUUGCAUGAGAGCCUUGUCCAACCAUUCUUGGAUGAGGUCGGUUCUUUGGUUCAAAGGAUUCUGAUUCUUCUCUAUACUCCAUCUAGAUUGGCUCCACACAGAAAAAUUAAUACUAUUACAAGGAAUUUGGGCUUUUUAAUCGUAAUACCUGUAUAUCUCGCUCGGGCUUUAUUUCAAUCAUGUAGUUGGUACCGAAAGAAUGUAACAAAUCUAUAUUUUAGAACCCUUAACAAAGAAGAAGAUCAACAAGAGCUAGUUUCACUCAAAGCAAAGGUUCACAACAUUUUUAUGCGUUACUAUGAUAGUAGUACCCAGAUUAUUGAAGAUUCCAUUAGAUCGUCAGACUUGGAAAGAAAUAGUGAAGAUAAUAGUGUAGAGAAUAAUCAUAAUAGUCCUAGUCCAACCAUCAGCCCACAAGAUAAUCCAAUUAAUCUUCAUUUCUUCAAAUCACCAUUUCAAGACUUGAAUCAGAGUAAUGAAAAGAUCAAUUAUCAAUAUGCCAAUAAUAAUAAUAAUAAUGCUCAAUUUUACAGUAGCCCAACCCACAACUCGUACAAUGUAAAUAAUAAUAACAAUUUAAAUCAAAGCAAUAGUAGUAGUAGUGAUUCUCUCAACAACCAAUAUAAAACCAUUGUUUUUGGCAAAAACAAUUCAUUUGAUAACCAUCUCCUUCAUUUUUCUCCACAAUUGAAAUCCAAAACAACCGAACUUUUAAAUGACAAUUCCAUUAAUAAUAGUAUAGAUAUUAAUCAAAAUAAUAUUUAUAAUGAUGUUGAAGAUGAUGAUAAUGAAAAUAAUAAUAAUAUAGAGAGUAGCCAAGACACUAAUCAUGAUGAAGACGAUGAUGAUAAUGAAACUAAUAAUAAUCUCGAGAAUAGUCAAGACAAUAACAAUAAUAUUUAUAAUGAUGAUGAAGAAGAUGAUAAUGAAACUAAUAAUAAUAUAGAGAGUAGCCAAGGCACUAAUCAUAAUAAUGAUAAUGAAGAUGAUGAUAAUGAAACUAAUAAAAUAGAGAAUAGUCAAGACAAUAAUAAUAAUAAUAAUAGUAACGAUGAUAAUGAAGAUGAUGAUAUUGGAACUAAUAGUAUGGAGAUUAAUAAUGAUAUAGAUGUUAUAAAUGAUAACAAUAACAAUACUCAGAAUGGCCACCACGAUUAUAAUAUAGAGAUCAAUUGUAACACUAAUAAUAAUGAUGAUGAUGAUGAUGAUCAUAAUGAAACCAAUAAUAAUAUGGAGAUUGGUCAAGACACUAAUAAUAGCAACGAUAAUGAAACCAAUAAUAAUAUGGAGAUUAGUCAAGACACUAAUAAUGAAGAUGUUGGAAAUGAUGAUUGCAAUAAUAAUUUAGAGAAUGGCCACCAAGAUAAUAAUAUGGAGAUUAAACAAAACAAUCAUGAAAAUAUGGAGAUUGGUCAAGAUUGCUACACCAAUAAUAUUGAAAACAGCCCAAAGGUUGAAAACUCACAACAACAACAACAACAACCAAAAAGAAAUGGCACAGAAUAUAUAGCAACCAUUCUUUUUAAUAUGGGUACAGCAAUAUCAAAUCUAUCCGAUAAAUUUGAUAUAUUGGAGCAAAGACUUAAUUCUAUGGAAUCAAGAAUUAAAGAUCUAUCAAAAUAG